UUAGCAUUGUUUGAAGAUAACCUUCGGUCGAAGCAUCGGUCAUAUGCAGAAACAAGAAACUAGGAGCCUCAACUAAGCCGUGAGAAGGCCCUUCUUCUCUUGUUACGCGUCUACACGAGGCUUCGAUGGCUCUUCUCCUUCCGACUGGGUCGAAACCACUUAUCACACCCGCAGCCCUUUCAACGCGCUUCAAGCACGGCCGUAUUGCUUGCGCCGUUCCGAUGCCGUCGCUGUCCGCUGCCGACUUGGUUAACACCGGCGCGGAGUUCUUCAAAGGCGACACUAGACCUAUCAUGCUCUUCGAUGGCGUGUGUAACCUGUGCAACGGGGGUGUCCGGUUCGUCAGAGCCAACGACCGCAACAGAAAAAUAAGAUUUGAACCACUCCAGAGUGAGGGUGGAAGAAAGCUUUUACAGAGGUCAGGGAGAUCUCCUGAUGAUAUUUCCAGCGUGGUUUUAGUCGAACAAGAUAGAUCAUACAUCAAGUCAGAAGCAGUGAUAAAGAUAAUGGAGUAUCUUGACUUGCCUUUUCCUCAACUUGCAUCAUUGCUUAAGCUGUUCCCUUUGUUUUUGAGGGAUUUUACUUAUGAUAACAUUGCUAACAACCGCUAUGUGGUAUUUGGUCGCUCUGAGGCAGGAUCAUGUGAGAUUUGAGUACUUGUUAGUCCUCUUUUAUAGCUUAUUUUAAACAUUAAUGUAUAAUCAUUUACUUAUCCGGAUCAUAUUUUGGCUUCAUUAAAUAAAUAUUUUUAUCUGUAGCUCUA